AUGGCAGGCGAUGUCAUCGAUCUCGUCUCGUCGAGCCCGGAGCCUGAGCCGCGCCCCUCGGCAACAAUCCAUCCGGCGCGUCAGAGCCACAGGGAUGUACCUGGGGCGCAGUCACGCAAGACCGAUUCUCUGCCCAAGGCGUUACCCGCGACGGUAGAAUUCGAUCUCGACGACAUAGCCGACGAGUUCGACACGACGGGGGAUAUCGACGCUUCACUGCACGCACCAUCCCAGCCUCAACCUCAAGCCACCACAGCCCAACACUCAACCGAUCGAUACUCAACCACUGCCCAGCAUGUCGUGUUGCUCUCGGACGACUUCGAUACGACCGAUGGAUUGAGCGAGCCUGUUUUGAGGGAGAGUGUCGGCAACAAGAGGCGUCGAUUAUCAGCAUCGCCUGCGGCUUUUGUCACAAAAGAAGUCACCACAGGACCAGCGCAACGACGACCCAGUCCCCGCCGCGAAUCACUAGCUUUAGCUGACGAAUUUUCCGACAUCUCCGACCCGUUUGCAACCUCACCUCUUCCAGCGACCGCAGAACUUGUCAGAACUGCCCAUGUCACCAAUGUGGAGAGCCCGAGUCCGCGACUUGCCGCUCACAGUUCGUGUAGCCAGGUACUGCCUGCCGUGCAGAGUGCGCCCGUGACCCUGCCAGAGGAUCCAUUGGCGUUGUCGGACCCCUUUGCAAGCUCGCCUAGAUCGUUCCAUGCAUGUCGCAAACCGCCCACCAAGAUCCCCCCCUCGUCUAUCAAGAAGCGAGAUUGUCAGUUCGAGAGGCGCCGCCAGAGUGACCAAGGCCUCCGCGACGAUCGGGGGGAGAACGCGCAGGAAGAGAAGGCACGGGACAAGGCUAUCAAGGACGGCGAGCGGAUACGCAAGCGGGCUCUUGCCGAGGCGAACAAGCACCUGGCGGACAGGAAGGCCUCCACGCGGGAAAUGGUUGUGGACCUGCCCUUGACGCUGAGCAAGGAGACCAAGACGCAUGUGGAGGCCGUGUUCGAGAAGCUGGAUGUUAGCUACAGGCUCAGGCAGACGCCUGUCGACAACGUGGUGCUUUGGCGUCGCAAGGUCUGCCGCCGCUUCAACGAGAGUCUGGGCCACUGGGAGCCGGUUGUCGAGCGCCUGGUCCCCGAGCAAUAUGCCUUGGUGGUGGUGUGCGCACCCGAGUUCGUGGAGAUGGCUCUUAAGGAGAGCCUCGAAGACCACGUCCAUAAGAUGGACGAGAACUUUCCCUAUUGCCGGAUCAUUUACCUCAUUGAGGGCAUGCGGAAGUGGUUCUCCAGCAACCGUGCCGCACUGAACAGACAGUUUCGAGCAAACGUGCGAGGGGAGCCAUCAAGCUCGUCCGCGCGUCGGCCUACUGCGCAGGAACCCGUCGACGAGAGCGUGGUCGAAGACGCAUUGUUGCAGCUGCAGGUCCUGCACGACAAGUACAUCCACCACACCGAGGACGCAGUCACUACUGGCGACUGGAUCAUGAUCUUUACCCAGCACAUCUCGGCCGUGCCGUACAAAAAGGCCAAGGAGCACGCUCUGCGGGAUGUCGGCUUCUGUAUGGAAUCGGGGCAGGUGCGGUCAGGCGAUGGGCCCAAGGAUACGUAUUUACGAAUGCUGCAGGAGAUUGCCCGCGUCUCGGCGCCCAUGGCACAUGGGAUUGCCGCAGAGUUUGAGAACGUACCGUCCUUGGUGAAUGGGAUGCUGCGCGGGGGCCCGGAGCGGCUGAGCAACGUGGCCAAGACAGUCGACAGCAAGGGGACGCUGGGCACGAGGACGGUCGGGCAGGCUGUGAGCAGGCGCAUGUACAAAAUCUUCACGGGUCGGGACGAAACGAGUACAGAAGUAUAG